GCCCGCCCGAGCCUUUACCCAGCGCACAGGAUAGCCACAUCAACACCAUGACAGAUCCUUGCAGUUGGACGCUCUUGUUCAGAAAGCACAGAAUUACUGUGCUUUUGAUGCUCUUGCCCUCCGAGACAAUCCCCAACACUAAACAGGCGCUCCUAAAAGCCCUUCAAGCCCGCGGCCUGGAAGAUAUUAACGGGGAUACAGUACCUGCAGACCCCUCUGAGAUCGAGUUAGGUGUUGCAGUGGACAAGAACGAUCUGGAUAAAGGAUGGACAAGUCUUGAGGCCUUGCAACUGGAUGACGAUGAAGCUCCCAAGCGAGGAGGGGCAAACAAAGCUGCGACACUCAGUUUAAAGGCAGCAGAUAUCAAUAAUGGACAGUCUAUUGCAUUCAGAUUCCGGAAACCGAGAGCUGAGGACUCUGUCGAUCUUGAAUUAGAGGAUCCGGGUUGGGAUGUCAUUCUCCCCCGCCUCGAAGAUGACGAAGAGGAGCCAUAGAGCUGCGCUAGGAGCGGUCUCUCGGAUGGAUUCUACCUCUGAUCCUUUAUAUGUUUACGCUCUUCUUGUUUAUUCUCUUCGGUGUACGGCUUGAGAUUCACCGGGUGGCGUUUUGAUAUUCACUUGAAUGUUUUCAGCAAUGGCACACCUUAGACGUCCAUUGAACUUUUUUGCCUUAAGAAACGAUCAGAUACGUGGGGCCCAUUAUUGCUCUAACAUCCUAAUUACUUGACCUUACGAGCCUGUAGCUACUUCAAUCUGCUAUGCCCGACCGUUUAAGCGUGGUAUUGCCUAGUACAAGUAUAAACGU